CGGGAGGCGUACAGAAGCGGAUUUUGAAAAUUGGGCCAAACAUUUCCAGUGGUGGGACGAUCACACGGACGACGAUGUGCCGGAGGAGCAGCAAAAGUUCGAUCCAAAUGAGUUCCGGAGAAUCAAAACUAGAAAGCCAGCAGAGCCGCAGUUCAAGAUCGCCGCCGACGUCGAGCAAGGGUACAUUUUUGGAAAGCAAGAGGCGCAGCUGACGGAGCCAGAUGUUGAUACGACAGCUGCUGUAGUACGACUACGACCUGCGACAGAAAAUAUUGACGCCAACUAUCGUAGCAGUACCGGUAGUUCGUAUGGCGCAGCAUCAGCAGGACAAUCCCAGCGAGG